AUGAACAGGUCGAGUUGCACUCCAGCCACAGAAGCAUUGAAUAGGCUCUUGAAACAUCAGGAUUCCGAAUCAUUGUUCAAAGAAGAAAGCCAGCGAGUCCGCAAGAAAGCCAAAAGUUUAGGGAAACGAUCCAGCUCGCAGCAUAUGUUUGAUGUGACUUCAAUCCUUGAGGCAUCAGAGCAGAUCAAAGGCUUGCAUUCGUUCCCAAUCAUCGAGUGGCCAACCAUGGAGGAGAACAACAAAGAUAUUGCCGAUAUCCGUGCUUCACAGAUGCCGUUGAUGGAUUCGCUGAUAAAGUCCACAAUUGGUCGCCGUCAACGUUAG